AUGCCGCCAAAAGGUUGGAGAAAAGAUUCUUCUGGCAAUUAUCCACAAAAAUCAUAUGCUAAAGAACAACAACAAAUCUCCAUAAAUGAUUUAUUAUUUCCCAAAGCAACCAUAGUAUCAUUAGCCAAGAAGUAUAUGAAGAAAGAGACCGCUAUUCAAGGCCAGGAAGAUGCACAUGACGAUGAUGCUCCUCGAAAGUUAAUUAUGAGCAAAGAUAGCACAUUGGCACUACAACGUAGUGCUACUGUUUUUGUCAAUUAUUUACUUAUACAUGCUCGAGCUUUUGCUCUUAAUAAAAAUAAAAAAUCAAUUUCAGCGGAUGAUAUUAGGUCUGCUCUAGAAGAAAUAGGAUUUGGUGGGGGAUUUGUUGACAUAUGUGAUGAACUAUUGGAUAAAUAUAACGAAACUGUUAAUGAUAAGAAAUUGCUAAAACAAAAAGAAAAGGAAACUGUUGGUAACAAUGGAGAGGAGGAAGAGGGAGAAAAGGAGGAAGGGGAAGAAAAAGAGGAAGAGGGAGAAAAGGAGGCAGAGGAACAAAAUGAAAAAGAAAGAAAAUCUAAUGAUAUAGAUGAAAAUCAUGAGGAAGAUGGCAAUAGUAGCGAUAGCUCCAAAAAACCUAGAUUAUCAUAA